CGCAGAGGGCGCUGCAGUCGGACCUUCCUGCUUCCUCUGUGUCACAUUAAUGUCUGUCCGUCGAACGACAACAGCACCAACAACAACACAUGGUAGUGUGGCUUCUGAAGAGCCGCGAUGUUUCCUGGUUUAAAAGAUAAAGUCGGUGAGGUUUUGUUACCAGGAGAUAAAUUCUCUUCUGAAAUUGACGACACCAUCUCUCUAACGGAGCACGUUAAGCCGGAAAAGGUGAUAUGUGGUCCGGGUCUGAGGCGAAGCGGAGACCGGCUGGUGGUGUGUAAAAGCGGCGUCCUCCGACACAAACAGCCCAACGUGUUCUGGAUUGAUUCACAGCAGAAGAGGUAUGUCCCAGCUAAAGGAGAAACCAUCAUUGGCAUUGUGACGGUCAAAUCAGGAGAUGUCUUCAAGGUGGACUUUGGAGGAAGUGAGCAGGCGUCUCUGUCCUAUUUGGCGUUUGAAGGAGCGACCAAAAGGAACCGACCCAACGUCCAGGUAGGUGACCUGGUGUUCGCUCAGUUCAUCAUCGCCAAUAAGGACAUGGAGCCGGAGCUGGUGUGUAUGGACAGUUCAGGACGAGCCAAUGGGAUGGGGGUAUUUGGAGGAGGUGGUCUGCUCUUCACAGUCUCUCUGGGACUCGUCAGAAGACUCUUGUCCCCCCGCAGUGAGGUCCUGUCCGACCUGCAGGAUCUGUUUCCCUGCGAGCUGGUGGUGGGGAUGAACGGCCGUUUGUGGGUCAAGUCCUCCAGCGUCCAGCAGACGCUCAUCAUCGCAAACCUGCUGCAGAGCUGCGACACCAUGACAGCCCAGCAGAGACAGCAGCUGUUCAGGAGGGUGGCACAGGGGGCGCUGUAGACCACCUGGUGAGUGACCUCCUUUGAGUCCAGUGUGUCGCCUUUGAGACCGGGUUUUUCUCAGGUUUGUUGGACCUAAAAAUCGAUCCCGUAUGAGCCGUCUGCUGGUUUUGUAGGAUUUAUAUGGAGCCCCAAAGUGUUGAAUAUUAAAUAUAGAAAUAAGAAAUUUGAAUGGCCAGAAUAAUCACAGACUGGCAGGUAAAAACUGAUGGUUACAUUCUGUGAUUACUUCCUGAUCUUCCUUUUAACAUUUAACUCUUGGAUCUUUGACAUAAACGGUGUCACUUUGUGUGUCAGAGAGCCUUCACGUUUUAUUUCAGAUUUUCUUCUUUCUGUUCUGUUUUUAUUUUUUUUUUCCAAUUGCUCCAUUUGUUUAGCAUAGAAAAUCUGUUAAAAGAAAAGCUAACAUCAAGUCUGAAUUCAUUUCUGUUGAGACUGGGAGAUCAUUCUUGAUCACGGAAACAAGCCGGCGUCACAUGACGGGCGUGGAGUCGCAUGAUGAUUCCUGAACCGUCUCCAUGACACCCGAGGCAGGUCAUGAGAUGAGAUUGACAUAUUUUUCAGGACUAAUAAACUUCAUGGUAUUGGAUGGACUAGCUCUUGUACUCAGAGAUAAUUGAUCCAAAAUUUCUCAUACUGGUAUUGGAACAACCCUGUUUCUUUUCAUAUAUGUAGUAAAACUUGUUAGAAAAACCUAAUUGGAUAUGUUUGUGUUCAUUUUCUGCAUUGCUUCUGCCAUGUGUCUUUAUAUUCAGGCAUUUUUCUGUAAAACAUCUGAGCUUCAUAUUCAUUAUUUACAUUAUAUGAGGCAUAUACAGUAAAUAUUAUGUACAUUAAAUGCUAUUUGUUAAAAAUCACUG